AUGGGCUUGUCGGAAAUCCUGAUUCUUUGUAAAUUAUCUUUGUUUCUUUACUAUUUACUCUUUCUUUUUUUCUCAUUUUUCAUCCAUUUUUCCCCUUUACUUUCUUACCAUUUUUUGUUUCUCUUUCUUUUUUUUUCUAUAUUUCUUUUUUUCUUCUCAUUUUCUUCCAAAUUUCUCUCUUACUUUCUUACCAUCUUUUCUUUCUUUUUCAUUUUCCUCACAUUUUUCUCUUUUACUUUCUUACCAUAUUACUUUCUUUCUUUCUUUCUUUCUUUCUUUCUUUCUUUCUUUCUUUCUUGUUCAUUUUCCUUCUAUUUUUCUCCUUCACUUUCUUAUCAUCUUUCUUUCUUUGCUUCUUCCUUUCCUUCCUCUUUUCUCUCUUUCUCUAUCAUUUCCUCCUAUUUUUCUUCUUUACUUUCUUACCACCUGUUCUUUCUUUCUUUCUUUUUCUCAUUUUCCAUCCAUUUUCUUCUUUACCUUCUUGCCAAUUUUUUUCACGCUUUCUUUCUUUCUUCCUUUCUUUCUUUCUUUCUCGUUUUCUUUUCAUUCUUUUCUCUUUUUAAUUUCUUAAUUUAUGUAUUCAUUCAACUUUUAGUCUUUUUUACGCCAUAUAAAUAUGUCAAGAGAAAAGCAUUUUUUGUUUCUCUACUUUUCUUUCUUUCUUUCUUUCUUUCUUUUUUACUUACUUAUUUACUUUCUUUCAUAUUUUCUUUCUUCCAUUCUUUCUCUCUUAUCUAUAUAAAUGAAUACAAUUGCUAUUUUCUUUAUCACGUUUUCUUUCAACAUGUUUUCUUUCUCUGCUUUUCCUUUCUUUCUUUCUUUCUUUCUUUCUUUCUUUCUUCUCGUAUAGCUACCUUUUCCUUAUCUCUUUUUCUUUAUUUUCUCCUAUUAUUCAUUUCUGUCUCUUUUUUUCUUUAUUUCUUUCUUAUUGCUUCUCAUAUAUCUGCCACUUUUCUUACCUAUUUUUCUUUCUUUUCGUCUUAUUUUAUCUUUCUCUACUUUUGCUUUCUUUCUUUCUUUCUUUCUUUCUUUCUUCUUGUUUUUUCUUUAUCUGUCUUUCCCUGUUCUUUAAUAUAUUUUUUAUCUCUGUCCUCAACUUUCCUUUUUUUUCCCCUCAACAUUUCUUUUUGUUUUAUUCACUUUCUCCAACCUUCUUAUCUAUUCACUCCGAACUGA